CCUUUGUUUCCCAGGCUGUCUGAGCACAAUGUCCACAGGCCCCGCCAGCAAUGGUGUGUUUGUCGUCAUCCCGCCCACCAAUGCCGGCGGACUCCGCCCACCUUCGGCCAUUCUGCCCACCUCCAUGUGCCAGCCUCCGGGAAUCGUGCAGUUUGAGGAGUCACCACUGGGGGCCCAGACACCGAGGGCCAGCCAGCCAUCUGACCUGCGGCCCGUGGAGACAUUCCUCACAGGAGAGCCCAAAGCUUUAGGGACAGUGCAGAUUCUCAUCGGCCUCAUCCACCUGGGGUUCGGCAGCGUGCUGCUCAUGGUGCGCCGUGGCCACGUGGGGAUGCUCUUCAUUGAAGGCGGUGUCCCCUUCUGGGGAGGAGCCUGUUUCAUCAUGUCGGGGUCCCUCUCCGUGGCUGCCGAGAAGAACCAGCGCAGCUGCCUGGUGAGAGGCAGCCUGGGCUCCAACAUUCUCAGCGCCAUGGCCGCCUUUGCCGGGACUGCCAUUCUGCUCAUGGAUUUCGGCGUCACCAACUGGGAUGUGGGCAGGGGCUAUCUGGCCGUCCUUACCAUCUUCACCAUCCUGGAGUUCUUCAUCGCAGUGAUCGCCACCCACUUUGGGUGCCAAGCCACCCGCGCCCAAGCCAACGCGCCUGUGAUUUUCCUGCCAAACGCCUUCAGCACGGACUUCAAUAUCCCCAGCCCAGCAGCCUCUCCGCCCCCUGCGUAUGACAAUGUCGCCUAUACACCCAAGGAGUCUUCUGAGUAG